GCCCACCGCACUCUUGACUUGACAACAAACGUACCAUGGCUCCCCUCCCGACUUGGCCACCUGCGCUGACGGACGCGCAGCAGGCCGACCUCGCCUUCCAGUCCGCGACGUAUGCGCUCGCAAACGGCUUCACCCUCCUCCCCGUUCCUCCAAAGGGCGAGCGCGUGCCAGACAUUCCGACGCAGGUGAUCGCCGCGCCGCUCUCGCUCCUGCCCACACCGUUCCCGCGACCGGCGUAUGUGCAGGCCAAGAGCAUCCAGCGCCUUUACAAUGCACUGUAUGCGCGCGUUGCGCUCGACUGGGAGUUCCUCGACGGCAUUAUGGAGCAGGUUGCCCCUGUUGACGACUUCCAGGCCGAGCUGUGGAACCGCUGGAAGGCCAUCCGAGAUGAGAUCAAGGUGACGCAGCCUAUCCAGCUUGGUAUCUUCCGUUCCGACUACCUUUUGCAUGAGCACGGAAACUAUGUCGGGGACAAGGCGCACAUCAAGCAGGUCGAGUUCAACACGAUCGCGGCGUCGUUCGGCGCUCUUAGCCAGAAGGCGAGCGAGAUGCACCGCUACCUCUCCGAGCAGACCAACUACUUCCACGCCCACGCGCAGCUGAACAACCCAAACGCUUUUGUUGACAACCACUCGCUCGAGGAGAUCUCUGCCGGGCUCGCGGAAGGAUUCAACGCGUAUGGGAACUGCGAUGCGGUCGUGCUCUUUGUCGUGCAGGAGGGCGAGCGCAACGUCUUCGAUCAGCGCGCCCUUGAGUACCAGCUUCUGAAGCGGCACCAGAUUCAGGUCGUGCGGCUGACGUUCGCGCAGAUCGCGCAGCGCGGCAAGCUCGAUGACGACAAGAUGUUCUGGCUCGACAACCCGCUCGGGAAGGACGCGCUCGAGGUCGCCGUCGUGUACUACCGCGCGGCAUACACGCCUGCCGACUACACAACCUCGGCAGAGUGGGACACGCGGGUUCUUCUGGAGCGCGCGACAGCGAUCAAGUGCCCGUCGAUGGCGCUGCAGCUCGCCGGCGCCAAGAAGGUGCAGCAGGUCCUUGCGGCGCCGGGCGUGCUUGAAGACAUGUUGCUGGCGCGGGCACGGCCGGACGUCGGCUUCGGCGCGGGGCCGGGCUCGCUGGGCCAGCCUGACGCCGCCGCGCUCCGCGAUACCUGGACAGGCUUGUGGCCGCUGGACAGCAGCGAGCAGGGCCAGAAGGCGCUGCAGCUUGCGCGCGAGCACCCCGAGCGUUUCGUGCUCAAGCCGCAGCGCGAGGGCGGCGGCAACAACAUCUACCGCGAGAACAUCCCGCCAUACCUCGCCCACUUAGAGGAGGAGGACAAGGCGCGGCCAGGCACCGCGCCGCGCCGCGAGGCGUACAUCCUCAUGGAGUUGAUUGAACCGCCGACAGGCUUGCACAACCUCCUCGUGCGCGGUGGCGAGGGCAAGCCGCGCUUGGCGGACGUCGUGUCCGAGCUGGGCGUGUAUGGCGUCGCGCUGUUCGGGGGAGACGUCGCCCCGGUGAACAGAGAGGCAGGCACGCUGCUGCGAACAAAGGGGCGGGAGAGCGACGAAGGCGGCGUCGCCAUCGGCAUCUCGUCUAUCGACAGUCCUCUGCUUGUGUAAUAUAGUGGCGUCUAAUACAUGCAUGAUUGCUCUAGCUCAUCUGUCGUCUGGUAU